AUGAGACUCAUAGCAGUACCUCUGGCUCGAGCUAGACCAACAUCACAUCCCAUCACAACAUUUGUCGCACAAACAGCCUCGAGAGCAGCUGAAAAAGCUGCAGCCGAUGCAGCAGCAAAGCCGAACAAUGGAGCCAACCCACCCAAGCUCCCUUUCACGACCCGCAUGUUGAACAAAGCAUCCGCUUUCUGGAUCGAUCUAGGACGAACGGAUCAGACGAGUACGUUUGACUGGAAGCGAAGGACGUAUGUGCUGGGAGAGCGUUUGAUGGAUCGCAUCGAAUAUCAGGAAUGGGCGCUCAAAGGAAUCGAUCCUGCCAUGGGUCCACAUCUUAUCCGCCGAGAGCGCAAAGAUGCAGAUAGCCCAGAAGCGACGAAUGGAGGCAUUCCGAAGCUCGAUCAUGUGCCACUUCUGUACCCACCCUCGCUGCUCGAGCCAGAACGACUGCUCAAGAGCUUGAAGAAUCUGACGGACCAUCGCACACCACACCACUACCGCCGCUUCUGGUACUGUGUGGUAGGCAUGCCCAUCACCAUUCCAUUUGCUCUUGUUCCUGUGGUACCAAAUCUGCCAUUCUUCUAUCUCGUCUACCGAGCAUGGAGCCACUGGAAAGCAUACAAAUCGUCGCAGUACCUCUCGACAUUAAUAGGCCAAGACCGCGUCCGUCCCACCGAAAGCAAAGAUCUCGACGCCAUCUUCGCACAGGCCUCACCACCUGUGGAUGCAUCAUCACCUGAAGCAUCGAACAAAGAGACUGAGACCACAGCAACAACGUCCACAUCCAAUCCCGCUCAAAACGAGCACAUGCUCCUGCUGACACACCACAUUCCAAUGCUGAUGGACAAGAUGGAAUUUCCCGAAUGGGUCCAGGCCGAUCUACGUCGUGCGCGCCUACAGGUAGAGAAGAGCAUCGCGGAGAACAAGCUCGAUGAGCUCGAAAGUAGCGCAGAGAACGAGAGUCAGGAGAGCAAGAAGUGA